UGUCACCACUGUCAUCAUUGGAAAUGUUUUCCUAUAAGUAUGAAAUUAUAAACAUACAGGAGCAUGUUAGACAUGGUUUCUUGACUACAACAAAUGGCCAUGAAUUUAUCACUGAAAAUGUUUUUUAGGGCAACAUUAAAACCUGAAAUACUUCAACUAUAUCGGGAAUAAGCCAUGUCUUGUAUGAUCUUCUCUUUUUUGCUCCUGAAGAAGAAAAAAGAGCAGAUUUCUUGCUUAUUUGAUUAAUGUAAGUCAAUAUGCAAUUGUACAAUAAGAAACAAAUUGCCUAAAAUACAGUUAUUUGCAUUCAGCAACCUAUUAUAUUCUGUGUCCAUCGCCUUUUUGUAGCUGCGGGAACAGGUGCCUCUUCAUUUAAGUACACUUUAUACUCCAUAUCCUUCAAAAAGAAACACGUUAGUGUUAUUUCUUUGUAAAUAUAAUAAAGAAUAUAUUUUUUGCAUUACCCGAAUAGCUUAAUCCAAAUGAGAACAUUUCCUAAAAAUGACUACAAUAACGAAUCUGGGUAUUGACAAAAUUGACUUAGUUAAUUGGAAGACAUAUUUUAUUUUAGAAGGCUAUUUUUUUAAAGAAAAGAAAAGUUUGGUCGUAAAAGUCUUAGUGUUGUCUUUCACCCUGAAAAAGAAGCUCGUGUAAUUUACAUAAAGAACCGGUAAAUUAAUCUUUUCACUGAGGUGACGUGUUUCAUUGACGCUCACUUGCUUCGCGCAGCCGAUUCACGUGACAUCAUUGCACGUCAUUCAUCAACUGUCACUUUGUAUCGUGAAGGUAAGUCCGCCUUUUAUUAUAUAAUUAUAUCGUUAUAAUGCUUUAAAUUACUGUUUUGUUAUACAUUUCUAAAAUAAUGUGUAUUUGUAACACUAAAACAUAUGAAGAUGUUUUUCUUUUCUUUCUUUCUUUUUUUUUUUUUGCUGUCGAUACAUUAUAGGCCAGUAUUAUAUUAUAGCCUAUAACUACCAUAUACCGCCUACAUCAAAACUUUUUUUAAUAAAUGACUAUAAAAAGUAAGCCGUAACUAUUGCUAACAAAAAACAUUAUUAUUAUUAUUUUUUUUUUUUUUGCUAAUAAUUGAUAUCUUUGUUACCUUAGAUUAGAAAUAAAUUAUCUGCACCGGACGAGACCGUGAGCUGACUAGUCGCUGGCUGGCCUGGUUGCGUUAAGAAAAUGAGCAAAACAUGGGUUCUGGUGGAAUGGAGGGAGGAGCCUCCCACCUAUGAUAUUGUCCCUAAAAAGGACAUACUAAAAAAAAAGUUUGAAUCUGGAGAUGUUGUGGAUGUGGCUUAUGAAGAGGAAAGUUCCCCAGCCACAGUUAUAGAUAUUGAUGAGAGCAAAGAUACCCUCAGGAGGAGGAUGUUUAGGCUAGAGGGGAAAAGAAAAAAUCAGCCAUGUUUGCAAAAUGAUGCAAAAAGAGUAGCAAAGAAAAAAAAAACGUACACUCCAACUCAGUCCCCAUCUCACUCCAAAACGUCCUCAUCUGAUCAAGAGCCUCCAGUCAAACAUCAAGUCAUCCACCGAAAGGACAGUAUGUUAAUGCAAGAGAUUAACAGCAUGGAGAGUCAAGCUGAAGAGCAUUCAAGCCGAGAAACUCAACUUGAGAGAGAAAUUCUCAAAUUAAAAAAAGAAAAUGAGAAUCUAAGAGCACUUAAUAUAGCUCUGCAACAAGAAAUUCUUCCAAUGCUCAAGUGCAGCAUGAACCAGGACACUCGUCUUGUUGCUCAACAACCACAAGAUUCAAGUCAGAAGAAUCCCCCUGAAAAGACACAGGGGCUAGGAAUUAGUUCAGCUGUACUGACAAGUUGUGGACGGGGGGGCACAUCAUGUUCUGCCAUGGUGAAAGAUCUGGCAGUGGCAGUGUUUGGGAGAGAGACACUGGCCACACAUGGGCUGUCUGGAAGGGCUGGCAAUGCUAACACAGGCACUUUGGCAAAGCCAGCUCUUGACCAGGACAAAGUUGUAAUGAUCCUAGACACAGUACAAAAAAAGUUCCCAGAUGUUCCAAAAAAGUUCAUCAGGGCAGCACUAAGAGAAAAGUUAAAUGAUGAGCACAAGUUACGAGUAAGGAAAACAGUGUAGAGGCUUCAUUUGGCUGUGAAUUGGUCUCUGCUUCGCUCUGCUCUUACAGUUUCAAUAAAUACAAUAAAUAAUUUGUGAAAAUG